AUGUGGCAAAAUGGGCUGGCACCCACACCACUGCCGGUGUGCGAGGCGGGGAUGAUGCAGCCGUCAUGUUUUUUGGCCGCAAAUAGUGCCGCUUCAUGUGAAGAGGUGUUGAUGGAUGCCAACAUGGCGAACAUGUUUCCAUCGGCGACAGACGUAAUAACAGAGGAUGAGGAACAAAAACAACAAGAAGAAGAAAAAGAAGAGGAAACAAACUCGCACCCGGUAUUGUACGUUUGCCCAGCUGUGGCGGAAGCGGCACGUAAGUCGUCGCGGGAGUUUGUUCAUUCAUUACUGCGGAAGUCCAAUGCAGCGCAGGCUCCGUUUACUCUGCCGCAGCAAAGUGCCCCACUCACCAUCACGUGGCACACAGACAACACACCGUCGCUGUCAUCAUCCCUGUCGCUGCCGUCAUUUAAGCCGCUGCCACACACGAAGCGGGCGCGUGAAACGGCGGAAUUUAUGUGGCUGCGGACAGAAGAUGAGAUGGAAACGCAGGCCACCGGUGUUUGUGGCGGGGCUCGCACGGGGCCCAUUUGUGCAGCACACAAGCGAUGGCGCGUCGAAAAGGAGGACUCACUUGCCGCACACGACAUGACGACACCGGCUAUGAAGUCACAACAAAUAUAUCGUUUUCCGGUACGAAAGAGGCCCCGAGAAGAGGAAAGCGUCGCGGUUGAUGCGCCUGUUCUAACCCGCGAGCGGUCUGUUGGACCCACCAACAAUUGUCAAUGA